CUCUCUUUUUCUUUUUAUUCUUUUACUUUUUUCUCUUCUUUUAUGGCCUACAAUCCUUUUUUAGAAAAUAAAGUCAAUACUCUUCAAGAAGCUUUUCCAACUCUUACUCCUAGUGUACUUGAAAAUACUCUAUUAGAAGAAAAUGGUGAUAUGGAAAGAACUUUUGACCGAUUACUAGCUAUAACUGACUCGACAACAAUGAAUACUUCUCAUACUCGACCAACUUAUAAAAAACCACCUACACAAGUUCCUAUUAUUAAAGCCAAGCCAAGUCUACAGAAAACUGUUAGGGAGGAACUAGCUCAGUGGCGCCAAGAACUUCAAAAUGAUCGGGAUAUACGUCGUACAAGAAAGAGAAUAUCUCAAAAGUAUCCUCCUUCUGGCGCCUGUUCUUCCUCAUAUGAUUCACAAAACCUCUACAAGGAUAUUUAUUCCAUUCGUGAUAUGGUGGUUGAAGGCAGUUCAGUUGCCUUGAAAGCAGCAACAUCAUUACAUGAUCGUCUCAUAUCUGUCCACAACUCAUAUAUCUCAGGAUCAACAUCAUCAGCAUCUUCUUCUUCUUCAUCAUCAUCAUAUCCCUAUUAUCAAAGCAAUAACACAGCCCCUAAUUUAUCAAGACCAAUACAAUCACAUACCUCAUUAUCUAAUAAUACUCGGAUAAACAAUAGGAAUCGACCUGUACCUCCUGUUCCAGUCACAACCCCAUCAUCUCAGCAGCAGCAGCAACAGCAAUGGCAUACGAAUACUGCAACGCCAAGAAACCCAUUCGACAAUGCUGACCAAUCAUUACCGCCACCUACAUAUGAAGCAAGAGAAAGGGAUACAUUAAUUGAUCCAGUGGAUGGCGACAGAUUAUUAUUACGAGCAUCUUCUCAUUAGUUUAGUUACCUAUGUACGAUAGUUCUCUUUUUUUUUUUUUGAUCUUUUGCUAGCUGUCUUUAUAAUUUUCUUUUUAUGAUAAAUCAAAGUCAUUAAUAUAAAUCAAAUAAAUAACUACUAUAUACUGUA